AUGCUCACGUUCGCCGCCAUCUCUAGCGGCGUUGCCGCUCCGUUGCCGUCCCGCUACGGCGUGCGGCCACGGAUGGCGCUCGAGGCUGCUGCGCCAGUCCUCAGCGCGCUGGAGCCUGCCGUCUCGGCCGUCCAGUUCCGUCUCGAGUCGAUCGCCUGCGCCGCUCCCGCCGCAGUGGCCGUGCUGGCCUCGCGGUCCUCGUCUUCGGUGGCCUCCAAGUGGGGAGCGCGCGUCUUUUACGGCGACGCCCUCGUCUACCUCUCUCGCAUCGUCUACCACCUCCAGCGCGACUUUCCGAUCGCGUGCUGGUCCGAGCUGGUCCCGCUGAUGCUCCAAAACCUCCUCUGCUUUGUGAUCGUGCGGCGGAGCAGGGCCAACGAGCCGGAGCACGGAGACGUGGAUGAGGGCGCGCCCAAACCGGUCGGCGCAAAGUGCUGGUCUCGCCCGGCGUGGGCGCGCCGGCUGAGCUUCAACAUCAAGUUCUCGCUCGACAUCGGCCUGCUCCUCCUGGCGACUCUGGCGAUGUUCCGCCUGCCUCCGCGCCUGCUCCCGCUCCUCUGCCUGUGGAGCGCGCCGCUCUGCAUCAGCUCGCACGGCACCUAG